GAAGAGGGCCUUUUUAACUCUCCCACAAACCACAAAUACUAAACGAGAACGAGCGAUGGCGACAGACGCAGGAGCAGAGUCGAUUGCUACGGUCGCUGAGAAAGCCCCCGUCACUGCUGAGAGGAAAGUCCGUACGGAUCUCGACGAUCGUCUCCCCAAGCCCUAUUUGCCUCGAGCAAUGGUUGCACCAGACAUGGAAAACGUGAAUGGCACAACGGGACACAAGCACCAGGACAUGUCUGUUCUUCAACAACACGUCGCUUUCUUUGACCAGGACGGUGAUGGCAUCAUUUACCCAUGGGAGACAUUUAGAGGAUUUAGAGCACUUGGUUUCAACGUGGUUUCUAGUUUAUUUCUAACACUCAUUGUGCAUCUUACAAUGAGUUACGCCACAAUGCCUACUUGGAUGCCUUCUUACACCUUCCCGAUUUACAUCAAGAACAUCCACAGAGCCAAACAUGGAAGCGACACCUCGACUUACGACACUGAAGGAAGGUACAUUCCUUCAAAUCUGGAGAACAUGUUCAGUAAGUACGCACGUACAGUGCCUGACAAGCUAACCCGUUUUGAGCUGUGGCAAAUGACCGAGGCUAACCGCAACGCAUUCGAUUUCUUUGGCUGGGCAGCGAGUACAAUGGAGUGGGGAGUACUGUACCUCCUGGCCAAAGAUGAGAAUGGUUACUUAUCUAAAGAAGCAGUUAGGAGAUGCUUCGAUGGGAGCUUGUUCGACUACUGCGCUAAGGCAAGAGCUUCUGCUAAAAAGACUGAAAGAUGGAUGACACGCAUACCAGUUUCUUGAGUUUUAGGCAGUUUCAUAUCUUAAGUAACCUUUUUUAAUCUCUUAACCAAAACAUAAAACAGGUCAUUAAUUAAUUCAGAUGGUAACUUUUUGCUACCUAUAUUUCUUACCUUGGUAGAUUAUUCUUGAUAAUUUGUUAGAAAUGAUCUUGAGUAAAAAAAAAAAAAAAUUGUUAGAAAUGAUCCUUUUGAGAUUAUUCUUUUAGUUUAUGGACUUUGGUGAGUGCUUUAUUUGAGGGA